AUGGCAGUCCAAUCAGGCCUUGACUAUAUGCGUGCGCGCUCGGUGGUGGACUGCGAUACAAUGGACGAAGAAGUUGCCAAAACAUUGGGCCCAUUCCAAGAUUCGACCUCCAACCAGAUGGUGCGGAUGGCUGUUGGAAUGGCGCAGCAUAUCCGCGGGCUCGUACAUGUGCAAACCAACCCUUACUACUCUUAUUCUGCGGAGAAGACUGUUGUCAAUGCUCUCCGUAUCAUACAGCUAUUCCAGCACAUCCAGCCCGGGUUCGAUGUGGCUCGGAUUUCCAUCAAGAUCCCAAGCACAUGGGAGGGAAUGAUGGCCUGUCGAACCCUCGAGCUAGCCGGUGUGCGCACCCUGGCAACGACUCUAUUCACAAUGGCGCAGGCGGUACUUGCCACUGAAGUCGGCUGCACGUACAUUGCACCAUACGUGAACGAGCUGAGGGUGCACUUCGACGCAGAGUUUGAGGAUAAGGCAAAAUUGCUACCUCUCUGCGCCGCCAUCCAGAAAUACUACCAGUCUAUCCAGUCCCCUACCAAGGUUCUUCCUGCCAGCUUGACUUCCGUGGAAGAGAUAUUCUUCCUUGCGGGAGUUGACCAUAUUACUAUCUCGCCGGGACUGCUGACACAGUUGACUCAACCUUAUGUUGGAAACGUCCAGUCUUUGUUCGAUACAGCGCCCACACUCCCCAUCCCUGCAAAGGAUGUCUCUUUCAUCAACGAUCCUGGAAGCUUCCAGAUUACCUUUGCCCGAGAUCAGGGAGGUGCCAGCCAGAGGAAGCUGACUGAGAUCCCCUGUCCAUUUGCGCCGCUUGACCACCGAGCACUGAAAAUUUGCAUCUGGAUCAUACGGCUUCACUUCGUCCCCAUGUUCCCCUCCCAGGCGGCCAAUUUGAACAUUGAGGCCUUAAGCGGCAUCUGUGGAUCUAUUUCCAUUGCCUGCUGGGUCGUUGUAUUCUCCCCUCAAAUCAUUGAAAACUUCCGCCGUGGAUCUGCCGAUGGCCUUUCACUACUCUUCCUCGUCGUCUGGUUGGCCGGCGAUGUAUUCAACAUCCUAGGUGCCGUCAUGCAGGGUGUGCUACCGACCAUGAUUAUUCUGGCGGUCUACUACACACUGGCAGACAUCGUAUUGCUCGGACAGUGUUUCUACUACCGAGGCUUCAACCUCAAGGACGAACUUUCUACAUCGCCCUCACCCGAGCUACCAAGCUCCGAUGCCGAACAGAACGGUGCUGAAAGUCAGCCACCCCCAACAGAGCGAUCAAGCUUGCUUCCAAAGUCCAAUGGGCAUGGCAACGGCCAUGUUCAGAUAGUAGACCAGGGAAGCACAUCUGGACAGGACGCUCGAGGCCACCCCGUCUCCGACGGAAGACGACACUCUACACACUCAUACCAAGACAUCUUCCACUCAUCCGCCAAUCUGUCCCCGGCAACCCCCUUCAUCGAGCCCACCUCCGACUCAGCCCGCCGCCGUGCUCAGCUUGCUCGCCGCCGCCGCAUCUCCGCCCUCCAGUCCGUCCUGUUCAACCUCAGCGCAGUGGCAAUGGUAUGCGCCGCAGGUGUGCUAGGCUGGUACGUCAGCCCGGGUGCGAAGUCAUCCCCGGACCCGGAACCUCUCACCAUGGAUCUAUUCGGUCAGGUGUUCGGUUACUUCUGCGCCGUGCUAUAUCUAGGGUCCCGUCUCCCACAACUCCUGUUGAACUACCGUCGCAAGUCAACAGAUGGAGUUUCGUUGCUUUUCUUCCUCUUCGCCUGCAUUGGAAACUUGACAUAUGUGUUGUCGAUUCUGGCAUACUCGCCUGUCUGCUCUGGUGGGUCUCCUGAGGAGAUCAUGGGUCACCAUCAUCACGCCAAGUGUCGUCCGGGUGAAGCUGCUUCGCUGUAUGGUCGCUACGUGCUGGUAAACCUGUCGUGGCUUGUUGGUAGUGCCGGAACACUCCUGCUUGAUAUGGCUAUCUUUACGCAAUUCUUCCUUUACCGCGACCCAAAGGUUGCCGAAGAUGAAGAAUAA